GUGCUGCAUUCAAUGAUGCCACUCCGCCGGAAGAGAUCGGGAGGCAGGUGUGGGAGAACUGCCGCCAACAGAUGCGGCGUGCUGGCGCGGACAACAUCACCACCGGUGUGUCCAGGCUGCGUGUGGGGAGCGACAUGGAUGCGGACGACAACCGUCGGGCGAGUGGGGAUGACUCUCCGGAUUCCCGUUACGAAGACGACGCGGAAGAUGCUGAGGGGCUGGAGAUCCGACCCGUGGCUGCGCGCGGUGGGCGGAGGGGAGGAGUCGGACGUCAACAGAGGGCCGCUUCGUGUGGUGGUCGAGGAUCGAAUGCUCCUGUGGGAGACAAGGGCGGCAAGCACCAAGCUUGGAGUGUGGAGGAGAUGCUGAAGCUCGCUCGAGCGAAGCGGGAUCAACAAGCUCAUUUCGAGGGAAUGCCGCACAACUACGGCCGCAUGCGCAACAGGGAGUGGAAGCUACAGGACCUGCAAACGCGGCUGGCGGAGGUGGGAGUGAACAAGACAACGAACGACAUCAGCAAGAAGUGGGAUAACGUCUUCCAGCAGUACAAGAAGGUGCAGCGUUACCAGAACAUGUCCGUGGGGAAGAACUUCUUCAUAUUGACUCCUGCAAUGAGGACGGAGGAGGGCUUCAACUUCUGAAUGGAUGAGCGAGUGUACAACGAGAUCGACAACAUGUCGCAAAAUAACAAAACCAUCUACCCGGA